GUUCUCUAAUGAUCUUGCUUCACCAUGGCUACAAAUUUGGAGGGGCUGGUUCAGCACAGAGUGGGGACCCAGCAGGUGGCUGAGGUACCACGUACACAGACCUCUCGGCCGGAAUCUCCAGGGAUGACCAGCCCCUCCCCACGCAUCCAGAUAAUCUCCACCGACUCUGCUGUAGCCUCACCUCAGCGCAUUCAGAUUGUGACAGACCAGCAGACAGGACAGAAGAUCCAGAUAGUCACCGCAGUGGACGCCUCCGGAUCCCCCAAACAGCAGUUCAUCUUGACCAGCCCAGAUGGAUCUGGAACUGGGAAGGUGAUCCUGGCUUCCCCAGAGACAUCCAGCGCCAAGCAGCUCAUAUUCACCACCUCAGACAACCUCGUCCCUGGCAGAAUCCAGAUCGUCACGGAUUCUGCCUCUGUGGAACGUUUGCUGGGGAAAGCAGACGUCCAGCGGCCCCAGGUGGUGGAGUACUGUGUGGUCUGUGGCGACAAAGCCUCUGGCCGUCACUAUGGAGCUGUCAGUUGUGAAGGUUGCAAAGGAUUCUUCAAAAGGAGCGUGAGGAAAAAUUUGACCUACAGCUGCCGGAGCAACCAAGACUGCAUCAUCAAUAAGCAUCACCGGAACCGUUGUCAGUUUUGCCGGCUGAAAAAAUGCUUGGAGAUGGGCAUGAAAAUGGAAUCUGUACAGAGUGAACGGAAGCCCUUUGAUGUGCAACGGGAAAAACCAAGCAAUUGUGCUGCUUCAACUGAGAAAAUCUAUAUCCGGAAGGACCUGAGAAGUCCUCUGAUAGCCACUCCCACGUUUGUGGCAGACAAAGAUGGGGCAAGACAAACAGGUCUUCUUGAUCCAGGGAUGCUUGUGAACAUCCAGCAGCCUUUGAUACGCGAGGAUGGUACAGUUCUCCUGGCCACGGAUUCCAAGGCUGAAACAAGUCAGGGAGCUCUGGGCACACUGGCAAACGUAGUGACCUCUCUUGCCAACCUAAGUGAAUCCUUGAACAAUGGUGACACUUCAGAAAUCCAGCCGGAGGAUCAAUCUGCAAGUGAGAUUACUCGGGCAUUUGAUACAUUAGCUAAAGCACUUAAUACCACAGACAGCUCGUCUUCUCCAAGCCUGGCCGAUGGGAUCGACACCAGUGGAGGAGGGAGCAUCCACGUCAUCAGCAGAGACCAGUCGACACCCAUCAUUGAGGUUGAAGGCCCCCUCCUUUCAGACACACAUGUCACAUUCAAGCUGACCAUGCCCAGCCCAAUGCCGGAGUACCUCAACGUGCACUACAUCUGCGAGUCUGCAUCCCGUCUGCUCUUCCUCUCAAUGCACUGGGCUAGGUCAAUCCCAGCCUUUCAGGCACUUGGGCAGGACUGCAACACCAGCCUGGUGCGGGCCUGCUGGAACGAGCUCUUCACCCUCGGCCUGGCCCAGUGUGCCCAGGUCAUGAGUCUUUCCACCAUCCUGGCCGCCAUCGUCAACCACCUGCAGAACAGUAUCCAGGAAGAUAAACUUUCUGGUGACCGGAUAAAGCAAGUCAUGGAACACAUCUGGAAGCUUCAGGAGUUCUGCAACAGCAUGGCGAAGCUGGAUAUAGACGGCUAUGAGUAUGCAUACCUUAAAGCUAUAGUUCUCUUUAGCCCCGAUCAUCCAGGUUUGACCAGCACAAGCCAAAUUGAAAAAUUCCAAGAAAAGGCACAGAUGGAAUUGCAGGACUACGUUCAGAAAACCUACUCGGAAGACACCUACCGAUUGGCCCGGAUCCUUGUCCGCCUGCCGGCACUCAGGCUGAUGAGCUCCAACAUCACAGAAGAACUUUUUUUUACUGGCCUCAUUGGCAAUGUUUCGAUAGACAGCAUAAUCCCCUACAUCCUCAAGAUGGAGACAGCAGAGUAUAACGGCCAGAUCACUGGAGCAAGUCUAUAGUGCACACCACACACCUGCUGAGGAGCGAAAGAUCCUCAGAACUGUUCAGACACAAAGUAGUGGUAUUUUGGUAUGUGCAGAUAUUUUCAACGGUAGCCAUUUCUGACCUUGUUCUCCCUGUUAAUCCCAGACAGUAGCAACUAAAAGACUAGUAGGAUCCUUUCCUGCCAUAAGAAAUGUUUUAAAUGCCUUUUGAUGAAGCAGCAGAUUUUGGAAGUCUUUUAACUCAAUUUGUAUUUAGCAGUUCUCAAAGGGCAAAAAACAAAAUGAAGUUUUUUAACGUCAGAGACUAGUAUUAAAGAAAACUAAAAGAACCU